GUUAAAACCUUGUGACAGGAAGCUCUUCAAACACUUCAUUUGCCGAAGAUGCUGAGGAUCACUGUGUGGCUCUGUGUAGGAGCGUUUCUGUGGGCCUCUGCAUUUUCCUCCAUCACAUGUCCUGAUGGCUCUUCCUGCUCCGAUUUGGAAACAUGUUGCCCCACUCAUCAGGGCUACAGCUGCUGUCAUUAUCCAAAGGCGGUGUGCUGCUCUGACCUGGCCCACUGCUGUCCAUCGGGGUUUCAGUGUGAUCUGAAAGAGCAGAUGUGCGUAAAACCCUAUCAGCCAUGGGCCAGCAUACCAAUGGUGAAGAAAGCAGCUGCAGAGCUCCCAAGCACCCCUGAUCUGUCUGUAACUCCCAAUGUGGAGGUUGAAAACAACAAUUUUCCAGAAAAAAUCAAAAGCACAGUUGUCCACUGCGACAACUUCAAUGUGUGUCCUGACGGCACCACUUGCUGCAAACACCCAAAAAGUGGCUGGUUCUGCUGCCCUUACUCUCCUGGAAAAUGUUGCCUGGAUGGCUUCCACUGUUGUCCUUAUGGCUACGACUGUAACCACUCUUACACUCAAUGCGUCCGAGAAGGAUUGCGGUAUUUGUUCAAACAACCUCUAACCUCCGUACCAGCUUCUCUUGUUUCAGUGUCUGAGGAGAAAAGCAGCAGAAAAGAGACACCACUGACAGCUCUAACAGGAGCAAGCAGAACUUCCUUCAGCCAGGGAGUCAUUCGCUGUGAUAAUGACUUUUUCUGCCCUAAUGGUUCAAGUUGCUGCAAGGGACCAGGGGGCCCCUGGAGCUGCUGUCCCUACCCACUGGGUGCGUGCUGUGCGGACGGUAAACACUGCUGUGAGUACGGAUACCAGUGCGACCCCUCUUCCUCCAAAUGCAAAAAGUAGAUCCCCUAAAGACUACAGGGUCACACUGAAGAAAACUGAAAUCACAUUACUCAACUGAUCUUUUAGUGGUUUGCACUGAUUUUUCAUCAUAAUUUCUAAUAAAUUGCUUACUAACCUAAAGAGUCCAUCUGCCUUGUUCAGGUUAAAGCCAAUUGAUUGCAGACGUUUGCUACACAACAAAAAACUGUAAUUGAGGUCUUUAAACUAGCUUCUGAUUUUUAUUCUGUCUUUUUAAAGCUUUUUUUUUUUUUUUUUAUUACUGUUAUUAUGAUCUGCUGUGUGAAUUAGAUUGAUGCCAGAGUCUUAUACGGCACAUCAGAUCAUUGAGCUGUUAUUGUUUAUUCUAAAAUAAAGUUCAAAUGUAUACAUUUUUCAAGAAUUAUAUUUUUUUCUUACUUGCCAAAAUGUGAUUGUCAUAAUCAACCCUUCCAAACAUUGUCUAUAUCUUUUUUUUUUAAAACUAUGUGAUAGAAAGAUUGGAGAGGAAGUCUCCACUCUUGGAGAUUUCCUCUCCAGUCUUUGUUUUGCCUACAAAACAAGAACAGUUUUCCAGGCAAUGUUUAACUGCUGCAUGUCUGAGAGAAUCAUGUAAGAAAACAUCCAAACACAGGGAUUUUAUUCAUGCAAACAAUAAUCGAGGGGAACAAUGUGAAAAUAAACUACACAGUACAAGCUGUAUUUUACAUUAACUUUAACAUUGCCCUAUUUCAAAAAUAAAAUCUUUGAGACUGAAGAGAAAUUAAUCUUUUUAAAUGAGCAAAUAUGAUUGCAUUUCUUAUGUCUAAUAAUAUGCAUUCCCCUUUUUUUUUAUUUGGAAACAUUAUUAUAAUUCAAAUAAAUAUGAUUUUUCAAAGUGCAAAUAUUUCUGGUUCCUCCCUCAGUACUUGGUAUCCUAGGUACAGUUGGUGAGGUGGUUGUGGUGGUUUUCGGUAAAAUAACAUGAGUAAAGUAGCAUGGGUUUGUUGAGACCAGGCCUAAUACUGAAAAAAUAUAUUUCACUGAUGGAAAGUGUAAUGAGCUAAUCGAAAACUUAAGCUGGAGUUAUUACUUUUUUAUGUUUUUAAAUGUCAUUUAUUUUUUUCAUUGUUUUCAUUUCCACAUUAACACCAAGUGGCUUAAAGUUAAUAAAAGUGGAUUAAUUACUUUUUGAAUUUGGCUCAUAUAAAUUUAAUU